CUCGGAGCCCGUGAAUGGUAAAGCUCAUGAAAGGCAUUUGGAAUUAGGGUUUUGCCUCCAUUCAACUCGACUCACUACUUGUCUCUCUCGUCUUCCAUGGCUACCGUACCACUGAACCCUAAGCCCUUCUUGAAUAACUUGACUGGGAAGCCUGUCAUUGUCAAACUCAAGUGGGGAAUGGAGUACAAAGGUUAUCUCGUAUCAGUGGAUUCAUACAUGAACUUGCAGCUGGCCAACAGUGAAGAAUACAUUGAUGGACAGUUCACUGGAAACCUUGGAGAGAUUUUGAUCAGAUGUAACAAUGUUCUCUAUCUUCGUGGGGUACCGGAGGAUGAAGAAAUAGAAGAAGCUGACCGAGACUAGGAUGGAUAUCAGCAGUGGUUUAGUGUAAUCAUAACAUCCUUAAAAAAAAAAAAAACUGUUAUCGUUUUUUACUUGUUUGUCAUCAACCUAAAGCAGCAAUACAUUGUAUUUCUCUCUUAGCAUUGUUUAUGGGUUGUCUGAUUCUUAGGCUGCCUAUGUUUGGACAGAAAGCAGCACUAAGGCAUGGAUCUGUGAAGUAUCUCCUGUCUUACACUUCUCCAGGCUGAUGAUAUGUGAAACCGAGUUAUUAUUUCUUGUUUUACUUGCCCAUUAGAUUUCAAAUGAAUCUAAUGUUGGUUUUAGCCA